GCACAGAUCCAUUUUCCCUCUGCCUCGGCGUCACUCCAAUAGCCGAUGUCAUCAUUAGGGCAAACGAUUUCUCUUUAUUGCCUAUCUCUCUAGAAAGGAGUAGUAAAAGAAGGUUCGGUUUUUCAUUGGGUAUGAUAUUGAGUGCCGAUCCGGGAUACUCCGAAGGGCUACUAGGUGAGCAGUGGUGCCAAGGCACAUUAUGGGCUCCUAGGAUCAGAUAUCCUUUCGAUGAGAAUAAGAAAAUAUUCUCAGGAAGAGACCUUUCAGUUCCUCCGUCAUGGGGACGACUCAGUUGUUCGUUUCCCGGUGCGGGGAAGAGGAGGAUAUUUGCCAUCUGCAACUACGUUAAUCAACGUCUCCUGUAUCCACUUCAUCAGUGGUUCAUGAAGGCUUUGAGUAUGUUACCAACUGAUGGUACCUACUCUCAGCUUUCACCUCUUAAGAGAUUAAGAGGGGAGCGUGAAUCUUUCUCAUUCGAUCUGUCAGCGGAAACAGACAGGUGGCCGCUGACCAAUUUCUCAGGUCUCUUUUACAGCAGGACAGCCGCUUGGCAGCUACUCUUCUUGGCCACUCUUUGCCUUCUCUCAUCAUAUGAUGAUUUGGUUGGCAGCAGAGAAGCUGAUAGACUUGAAGAAGAAAUCGCUAAUGUCAGGGCGGAUAUCGCCAACGUUAGCACAGAGCUUAAGCAAGUCAAUUACAUCGAUCCUCGAACAGCGUUUAAUUAA